AUGUUUCCUGCUAAGCAGAAAGGCAUGGCCAUGAGUUUUUUCGCCUCCGCAUCUUUCCUUGGACCGGUUCUCGUUCUUAUUAGCGGUGAAUAUAUGGGAAUGGCCAAGGACUGGAAAUGGAUUAUGGGCUUCCUUGCUAUCUUGUCAGGGCCCGUCUGGAUUGUUGGUGGUCUGCUUCUCCCCGAGACAUACGCGCCUGUGCUCCUUCGCCGCCAUGCAGAGCAGCUUUCUAAGAUCACCGGCAACAGUUAUAGAAGCAAAAUUAAGAUUGACCAGGGCAAAAUGUCCUUUAAAGAGUCGUUCAAGUUUGCGUUGUCUCGCCCCUUGAUCCUAUUGUUCCGCGAGCCCAUUGUGUUCUUGUUGUCGCUGUACAUGGCUAUCGUUUAUGGUAUGAUGUUUGCUACCUUCCCUAUUGUCUACCAGAUGGACCACGGCUGGAACCAGAGUGUUGGUGGUCUUGCCUUCCUUGGUAUCAUGGUUGGAAUGUUGAUUGCCGUGGUCUACUCUCUCUGGGAUAACAAGCGAUACAUCAAGGUCGAGGAAGAAAAUGCCGGUUUUGCCCCGCCUGAGGCCCACCUCAACUCUUGCCUCAUUGCCUCCGUUGCUAUCCCAAUCGGUCUGUUCUGGUUCGCCUAG